AUGGCCCUCCCCGACGAUGAUGCUGCGCAAAGGGAAGAGCAACUCAAGUCCGCGCUCUGGUACUCCCUCGGCCAGUACAUUGACGAUGAAUGCCUACGCCAGAACUGGAACGUGACGCCCCAAUUCAUCGGCGCGCUGACCGAGAUGGUGUUUGCGCAGAUAGCAACAACAGCGAAAGACCUUGAGACCUUCGCCGCCCAUGCCGGCCGCACUACUAUCAACACGAGCGACGUGCUGCUCCUCGCACGCCGGAACGACGGCCUAGAGAGCGUCCUCAAGACGUUCGUCGACGAACACCGGGCUGCGAAUGGUACCAGCGGCGGCGGAGCUGGUGCACCGCGCGCAAGAGCCGCAGCUCCUAGCACCAGAGGAAAGAGCGUACGGGGGCGUGGGCGUGGGCGAGGGCGGGGGAAGUCAUGA